UUUAAAACCACCGUGAAACAGGAAAUGAACCGCAGUCGACAGCUUGUGAGUUGCAAUGAAACUUUUGACUUUGGUUGUAUCAACCCUUCAAGUGGUAUUGGUUAAAUCACUUGGGGAAGACUCUGGCUACCUUGGGGAUACCAUUACUCUGAAAUCUGGUGUCAACCCAGCAUGGAAUCUCUCCAGAAUCGAGUGGUUAAUCUGGCCCAACCGCACUUGGAUUGUUACAUACCGCCAAGGCAAGACAAACACUGAACGUGUCAAUCACUUUGGACAGAGACUCAGUCUAAACACCUCCUCAGGUGACCUGACCAUCCGAAAUCUGACCAAAGAUGAUGCUAUGGAAUACACUGUGGACCUCCACAACACUGAUAAUGAGGAGAAAGUAAACAAGAUUAAUUUGACUGUGAGAGAACGCCUCCAGAAACCAACGAUACAGGCAGCCAGUCGAUCUGUAAAAGGAAAAUGUUUAAUGGUGCUGGAUUGUUCUUCAACUGACAAUGGCGUCAACCAUUCCUGGGAUGUGACACCAAGCAGCGUUUACACCACUGACAGGAGCUCUGCUCGUCUUUUAGCAAUUUUCAACAGCACACAGAACUCUGUCAACUUCACCUGCACCACCACCAACAACAUAGAUCACGCCCGGAGUGUCGUCACCUUAAAGUGUGAUGGUGACAAGAUUCAGCCUCCAACACCAGAAUCGCUAAAUCCUCAGCCUAGGCAGAAAUUUGCUUUUCCUUUUUUAACUGGCUGCCUGGUUGGUGCAUUCAUAGUAAUUAUAAUUUACUGUUUUGGAGACCGAAUUAAAGCUGCAUUUCAGUUCCUGAAAGAAAAAGUCUGCUCAUCAAAAAAGUAUGAUGUCUAAAGUUUCAAGGAACCAGAAUGACUGCGACGCAGAAACACCACCCAUCACCAGAGAUGACUGUGGCACCAGAAGUGUGGCUUGUAUGGCACACUGUGUAUUUAUUUAUAGGGCGAAAGCAGCAACAAAAGCAAGCAGAAUGAAUGUACACUACCAGUCAAAAGUUUGGACACACCUUCCCGUUCAGUGUUUUUUAUUUGUUUGUAUUAUUUUCUACAAUGUAGAUUAAUACUGAGGAUUAACAACAUAAUUCCAUAUGUACUCUUUUAUAGUUUUGAUGUCUCCAGUAUUAAUCUACAAUGUAUAAAAUAAUUAAAUAAAAAAACAUUGAAUGAGAAGGUGUGUCCAAACUUUUGACUGGUUGUGUAUUUUGCGGGGAUAUGCCGGGGAUGUUCAGUAUUUAUCUGUGUCUGAAACAAAACUGUUGUUAUUUUUCUGAACUUGUGUGUUUUUAUUGUUAUUGUCACAUGGGAACUUUAUUCCCCUUACAACUACAAAACAGAAUGCAGUAAAACAAAAAAAAGCCCAGCCACCAUGGAAAAUUCCAACAAUAUUAGCGAACAUUCCCUAAAAGUUCCACUUCUGUUUCUAAGAAAAAGUUUUAAUGUUGAAAAGAACUUCAUCUAAUGUUCCUGUAAAGCUAAAUGUUAACCUCAUGUUUUGGCUACACAUUAUGUUAAAUGAUAGCAAAUGAAGAACAUUCUCAUUUUAACAUUUGAAAAAUGGUUGAUAAUGACCUGAGAUGUCAGAAUGUUUCCCAAGAAAUGUUUCUGCAACGUAAUGUGUUAAUAAAAGUUAAUUUUCGGGAACAUUCUGAAGCUGUUUUGGGAAUAUUGAUGAGGUAAUAGAAAGGUUUCAUAUAAAACGUUUGCAUUGUGUUACAAGUUAAUGAUUCAAUAAACGUUUUAAGGAUGUAAUUGCAGCUUGAUAGAACAAAACAUUCUUGAAACAAGAAAACUAAACAAAAAAAAUUUCCCGCCAAAACGUUUUUAGCGGGAAUAUGCUUAGAAUCACUGAACGGUAGAAUCGGUAGAAUUUAUUAUUUUAGUGUUAUCUAACCUUUUAAAAAGAUGAACAUGUGGGGAACAAAAACCAGAAAUUUCCUGCUGAAAACAUUCCUAUACCAGCUUACAGUAAUAUUCUAAGAAUGCUUUUAGAACAAUAAUUCCAACUGAGAUGAACGUGGUGAUAGUUCCAUACAGAGCUAUCGUUUGUCCCAGGCUCCCUAGUUAUCGAGUUGGUUUGUAAUGUUUGUCUUCUAGACAGCAGGAUGCACAUUGGCUACAACACACUUUGGCCUCCACUUCUAUUCCACCAAGCCUGCUAAAUACAAUCCUUAGUUGUGUGUGUACAUAAUAGCAGUGAAUGAGUGUUAGCUCGCAAACUAGAUAGCAUAAUUUCUGGUUAUUUCAUUUUCUUUAGCAUACAUAUUAAUAUCAUUUGCAUGCUAAAGAUAUAACUUGACAUUAAGCCAAGCAUUUAAAUUCCUUAUCUUUGUCAUUUUUUGUUAAUUUGUUGUUUGUUUCUAUGCCUAAGACAGACUUUCAGUGUUGCCCUCUUUAACUUGCUAUAUCACCAUGGUAACAAAUGCUGCACAGCUAACCUGCCCUGGCGGAGGUUGUGCUCAGAGGUGAUUGGUUGAUUUUAAGCAGAAUAGGAUUCAAAUGACGUCUUGUGGGAGCAUUACAGAGCCUGUUGAAUAAAACCUGCUAAUAACCUCUGACAUUAGAAAAAUUAUCUAUGAUUGAAGCCUUAAGUUUUAUUUAGCCACAAAGAAAGCCUGGAUAUGUUAAAGCUGCUUCCUAGAACAGCCCUCAGGUGUCAAACAUGACACGGGAGAUUCCAAAGCACUUUAUUAGGAGAUUAUCUGACUAUAUUAUGUUGGGUAGAGAGCAGAGGGGAGAUUUUCUGUGUUUUUGAGGAAAAGUCUUCAUUCGUCCUUUAUGGAAAUAUUGCCUACAUGUGUAGUGAUGCCUGGGACAGAUGCUUCUUUGGGAGAAGUUGGUUGCUUGUCAAGCUGUUUCUGUUUAUUUACUUGUGCAUUUUUAUUUUAAUCUUAAGGUCACCAAAAUAAGCAUGUACUCCCUUAUUCUUUGUUGUGAAUACUGAAAAUAAACCAUAUACUGUGUGC